UUCUGCGAAACCCCUGCGCGCAUGAAUUCCUGCCGCGAUCCGGUAUAAACAAUAGACUUGUAUUGGGCUUUUCGCGUAUUUGGGCCGGCUCGUGAAGGGAAGAGCUGAAGGCCCACUAAGGAACCGGAGUCUGAAUAAAGGUGGACUUGGAAAGAAUGAGAAUCAGAUUUCUAAACCCUUUUUUAUUAAUGGAGAAGAUAACGGAAACGUGGCGAAUGGAGGAGCAGCAAGCUACAGCCUGCUCCUGCUGCCAAUGGAAGCGAGUACAAUCCACGCCGGCGAGGCCAUUGGUCGUCGUCACCACCUCUUGCUGACGAAACCGGUCUCCAUAAAGCUCCUCCAAAUCCCUCUUCGGUUGCAUAAGAACCUCGUCGCCCCCAAUUCUCACUGUUGGAGAAACAGACCAUUACACGUCGGCAUCGCCAGGUGCCACCGCGGGGAAUUCAAUGCCGUGGGGAAACAUGGCCACCGGAGAUUCAAGUUCAAAUUCCGCGCGAAGGAGGAGGCGGAAGAAGGAAGUUCCGGGAAGAGGAGAAGGACGUGGUGGUCAGAUGCGCCGCCUGGCAGCGACGGCGGAGAAGAAGUAGACGAAGAAGACGAGGAAGAGCUAGGGAUUUUGGAGGAUUUCAUUGAAAGUCUAUGGAUUCUCAAGGUAUUCAAAUCCUACGGCUGGGGGCUGCCGUUCAUCAUAAUCUCGUGGUUGCUAGCGACUGGCCCGAAAGCCUUCUUGAUGACAUUAGCAAUCCCUCUGGGUCAAUCGGCGGCGACUCUCGUUUUUAAUAGAUUGUGGGGGGAACCGAAGAAGAGACGGCCGAAAGCAAAACCAAGGGCUGAAAAGAGGAAGAAACCAUCUGCGUCUCCUCGACGACGGAGCGAUAGAAGCUACAUUGUUGAAGAAGAUGAACAAGAAAGAAAGGCAGGUGGAGGAGGAGGGGCUGGAAGUGGGAAAAUGGGUUAUGAGUCUUGGGCAGACAGCAAUGGCAGCAUUUUUGCUGAGGAGGAAGAGGGAGAAGCGAAAACACAGUCGGCAUUGAGUUCCUUUGGUGGAUGGGAAGAGCUCGAGGGAUUCAGAUCCGUGCAGCAGAAGCAAGAACGUGAGCCGGCAAAGGGAAGUCAGCCACAGCCAGAGCCCCAACCUGUGUCUGAAAAUGGAAGACGACAGCCACAGCUGCGGCCAAGGAGGAGAGGUACCACAGUCAAUGGCAAGGUGGCUUGGGGUGGAUUGAGGGAGAGCAGUGGGCCACCGCUGCUCCUGCGAUUGUUGAUUGCAGUUUUCCCGUUCCUGGCUUCCUGGACGAAAAUGUUCUAGUUAGUUUAGGCCAUUUUGAUCAAUACUUGGCAAAUCAUUGAUUGAUUUUGUUACACAAAACAUGGAUUGUUUUUGGCAAUACAACAAUAGACUGCGGAGUCAUUCUCAUUAUUGCUUGCCCCAUAUGUUAAAACCAAACAACUUGCAGCCAGCCGACCAAGACAGAGAAUGUAAAUGUAUCUCCAGAGCAUAUACACUACAAUGCGGGUGUGGAAACACAGAGAGUUGCAAGAUGCAGGGUCUUGGAGGCAAAUGCAGAGAGACCCUCGUCACUGUCGGCUGGAAAUGAGUUGGGGAGAGGAUGAUCCGGCAUCGCUCCGACCUACAGAGAGAAGAGGAGUCAGAAAUGAUCCAACCAACCUUAACAAUGUCGAUGUGAGAAGGUGUUUCAUCACGAGCAAUAGUCACAACCAACCCCGAGCCAUCAGAAAGUUGGCUGCAGGGAGGGUUAACAGCUUAUUUGCAUAGCGUGCCCAUUAUACCAAAGAUAGCUCAACUUGGUGAGAUUUAACCCACCACAGCUACAGCACUGAGAACGUACCAAGUUUCAAAAUCUCUAGCUUACUUCCUCAAGAACAAAGGCGAGCACUUCUCAUAAAUCAAAACAGGUACGCAAACGAGUUUUGACUUGAGAGUUUCUGGAUGAAUAAUGUUCUCAAUUCCAAUAGCUGUCGUCAAAACCAUCCUACCAUAUCUGAAACAUACUUUCGAGGCUGAAUAUUUUACUACAAACCUGCAGAAUUUUGGCUGAAUGAACUCAGUUUUGAUGUACCCAAUCUUGCCUUGGAUGUGCCUUUCUUUCCCAGAUCUUGGAAUUUCACAAAUCCUAGUCUUGACUGGAUUUAGAGACACCUUCUCUCGUCUGUUAAGCAUUAGACAGCUGGUCAGCUUAUAAGCUACCGAACCACAUGCCCGGUAAAGGAGCAUAACUGCUCGAAUUAUGCUCAAAGGUACAUCAGCACACUCGCAUCAAAUCCAGAUGCUUUACUCCAGUACCACUGUGAAUCGUCACUUCAACCGAACUUCCCACUGGACCCCUAAACCAGAGAAGAAAGGAAGUUGAUUUAACCUAGACCGGUAAAGAAUUGUCUCUUGCAUGCAGCCCUAAGAUUUGUUGUAGGAACAAAAAGGUCCAGAUGGCAUAUAACUUGUAACUUAUAACACAAACUAGUAAGAAAAAAGAACUUAAUAAAACACAAGAUAAAUAGUCACUCACUGCAGACGAUCUGCAGCAUCAUAUAUAUACCCAUGCCUUCAGUACUUUUAUCAUCACUCGUCAAUUUAGUAAGAAACGUUAGCAAGUUAGAGAGUUGAACAGAUGAGCAUACACGUCUCUCCGCGAGAGUUCAUGGGCUCACUGCGCACAGCAUCUUCUCUUUAACGAAACCAACUCUGUCCAUUAAAAGUUUUGUCCACGUUGUUAGUGUUGUGGUAUAUGAUCCACUAUUGAACCUCUCCCAACAACUCGAGUUAUUGGGAUCAACUGGUUUUUGACAUUGUAUCAGAGCCUUUUGUGACCGAGAGGUCUUGUGUUCGAUUCCCGGUGACCCCAUUUGUUAAGCACAUGGUAUUCUUGUCAUUAGACAUGGCUCUGAUACGGAAGUAACCAUCGUUGCCGCAACCGCCAACUGGAACAGUUUGUUGCCAUUGUUGCAGCUCGAGUACCUGACGGCGAGUGGUGGAAGAGGUAGAAAAUAGGGAAGAGAUUGUCAGAACAGCCAUGGCCGCCGGAGCAUAGAGAAACGGAGGCCCACCGGUAAAGUUGAAUUCAGGUACUGGCUGGAGUGAGUAGUUCUCGUCCUUAUCGUGAGUCGUUUCUCGCCUCCCGGUUUCCAGAUUGCCGUUACUUUGGGUUGGGCUUACAGCUUCAUAAGGAGCAGAUGUCCACUUAAGAAGACGGCAAAAAAGCCCAUCGGGAAAGAUGAACGAUGAAGCUGCACAACAUAAGAAAGUCGAGCUGCAACUAGACUAGCAAUAUAGGGGUCACUCUCUA